AGGGGGAUGCUGCAGCGGCGCUUACUACCAAUGACAUAGCGCUGCUGCGGCUCCCUGCUCCCCCUCCCUCCUCCUCCGCUGCCCGGCGCUGGUCCUCUUCUCCCUCCACAGCGCGGCGCACGGCGCACAAAGCAGAGGCGGCAUGUAAUGAGUCAAUUUGACUCAUUAAAUGCCGCUGGCCGUGCGCCCUCAGGGCAACUGCGCUGUGUGCCAAGCCCACUUGGCACACACGUAGUUACGGCCCUGGCGGUGGCGUCAGACUUUCUGUGACCCGGGAGGUGUCUGCGCAGCAGCAGCGUGUGAACAGUGUGCAGAGAAGCCACCUGUACAGUGAAGCACAUAACCCGGCAGCCAGGGCUCUGCUUCUUCACUCUGGCUGGCCCCGCCCACCACACUCACAGUGGGCUGUGUGUAUCAGCUCGUCUUCCUGCUUCUGCUGCUCCUGGAAGUGGCUUCCAUGGGCUCCCUGCUCUUUACAGGAGGGAGCAACAAACCAGGCACAGGGGAACCCACAUGGAGAAAAGCUGAGCAGGAGGACGAUAACGAUAUGGAGGGGACAGAGAGCGAGGAGAGUGAGGAUGAGGACGCAGUUAUGGAGGAAGAGGAAGGAGAGGACACUAGUCCCCAGCGGGUGUAUUUGCCCGGCGUGGAGAAGCUGCAGGAUGGCGAGGAACUUGUGAUGGACCAGGAUGCGUAUGUUCUCUAUCACCAAGCACAGACAGGGGCUCCAUGUCUAAGUUUCGAUGUCAUUUUGGACAGUUUAGGAGACAAUCGUUCAGAUUACCCGCUGAGUAUAUUUCUCUGUGCUGGGACUCAGGCAGACACCGCUCUAGGCAAUAGAAUGCUAGUGAUGAAGAUGCACAACUUGCACCGGACCAGCAAAGAGAAAAAGAAUGAUUCAGAUUCUGACAGCAGUGAUAGUGAUGAUGAUGAAGAGGAGGACGAAGAGAAGAAACCACAACUGGAACUGGCUAUGAUUCCACACUAUGGGGGAAUUAACCGCAUUCGGGUCUCUACACUGUUGGAUAUGCCAGUGGCUGCAGUUUGGUCAGAGAAGGGUCUAGUGGAAAUCUAUGAUCUGCGGAAGCAGCUGGCAGCAGUGUCGGACACUCAGAUUCUUGCUGCAUUUUUGAAAGAAGAACAAUCUAAAAUUAAACCAGUCUUUUCCUUCUCUGGUCACAUGACUGAGGGCUUUUCAAUGGACUGGUCUCCAAAGACAGCAGGGCAAUUAAUCACAGGAGACUGUACGAAGAACAUUCAUUUGUGGAAUCCUAAAGAAGGCGGCACAUGGCAUAUUGACCAGAGGCCUUUCACAGGUCACACUGCAUCUGUGGAGGAUCUACAGUGGUCUCCUACUGAAGCCACGGUUUUCGCUUCCUGCUCAGCUGAUGCCUCCGUUCGCAUUUGGGACACCCGGGCAGCUCCUAACAAGGCAUGUAUGCUGACAGCCAACCAGGCUCAUGAAAGUGAUGUCAACGUGAUUAGUUGGAACCGCUAUGAGCCAUUUAUUGUCAGUGGAGGUGAUGAUGGUGUACUCAAGAUAUGGGACCUGCGUCAGUUCCAGAAAGGGGUAAGUGUGGCAAAGUUUAAGCAGCACACAGCCCCAAUCACAUCCGUUGAGUGGCAUCCUACAGACAGUGGGGUAUUUGCUGCUUCUGGUGCCGACGACCAGAUAACUCAGUGGGAUCUUGCGGUAGAAAGGGAUCAAGAUCAGGAAGGUGAAACCGAAGACCCAACAUUGGCAACGAUUCCACCACAACUGCUGUUUGUUCAUCAAGGCGAAAAAGACAUUAAGGAGUUACACUGGCACCAGCAGUGUCCUGGGGUCGUCAUUAGCACAGCACUAUCUGGUUUCAAUGUGUUCCGAACAAUCAGUGUGUGAGGUCAUUCCUCAUCUGCAUCUAUGAACAUGCCAGUGUUGCAGUCCUCCUUUUAAUGUUUGAUGCUGCAUUUUAAUGGUAUAAUAUGCUAUAGUACAGUACAGGACUGUUCUUGUGUUUUGAGGGAUGUUUUAUUGAAAGCUACAAAUUAGCAUUUUUAUAUGUCCUUUUCAGAGGUCACAGUCUUCAUAUUUAUGGAUUGACUUAAUUCUGGCUAGAGAGCAAUGUUUAUGUAAGAUGAAGCAUUUGUGACCUUCCAUACAUGCUUUAGCCUUAUAUUUGCCAGGUCUGGCUGUAAAAGAAGUGAAGGUCACUUAGAUUAUGGGUCAGAUUCCAAGUUGCACACAAGUUCAUAUGCAAGUUUGAACAAAUACUGUACAGGUAAUUCAAUUGUACGCAUCUUGGGCAUGUAGGUACACUUGUGGGCAAUGCACAGUUAUGUGUAUGUAAAGAUCUCUCUGAUUUUAUAAGCUGGGUACACGGUGCAACCAGCAAUUGUGCCAAUGGUCGGGGCGAUUACCCUUUGCCCUGCGCAUCGAGAGAUUACCGGUAAACACUAGGCAGAUAUUAAUGAGCGACAGAAUGAUCACUGUUCUGUUUCUCAUUAAUAUUCACUGCAUCGCACAGUAUGGAUAAUCACAUGACCUCACAUGCGACCCACAGCAGCUCGCAGUCGACCUACACACCGCACAAUAUGGGUGAUCUGUCGUUCCCGAUUUGCACGGAUCUGAGAAAUCGACACAAUAUAGUGCAAGUUUGUACCCAGCUAUAGGGAUGUCUGGUAUAGGGCAGAUGCAAAGGUGCGCUGAUAGUGAAGAUUGUUACUAUCAAUCCUAUGGAUAGGAGCAGUGCAGUCUCAUGGACGUGGCAUACUGACUGCAGGAUGAUAUUCCCAUAUGUCUCCAAAAACAAAGUGUCCACAAUGUGUGCAACUCUGAAUUAGGAUAUAUAGAUAUAUAUAUGGAUAUAUAUAUAUAUAUAUAUAUAUAUUUGGGGUGGGGUGUGCCUGAAAGGUUAUCUGUGUGUAUUAUAAUAGGCAAGGAGUGAUUUGUCUGAUUAGUGAUACUACAAGUUUUAGCAAGUAUAUUUUAUAUCCUCGUUGCGCAUGUAUGUGUGUGUGUGUGUGUGUGUGUGUGUGUGUGUGUAUAUAUAUAUAUAUAUAUACAUAUAUAGUUACAUAUAUAGUAUAUGUGUGUGUGUGUGUGUGUGUAUAUAUGUGUGUAUAUAUAUAUAUAUAUAUAUAUAUAUA